GUGUUACUGCGCAUGCGCACAUUGAAACACGAUGACUUGUUUCCAUCUUGUUACUUGUUUGACAGAAAACGAGCCGGUGUUUGUUUGCCACGUUAUUCCAACAAGUUUUAUUAGAUAGUUCUUAAUUCCAAGCACUGAAAGCCAAAUACAACAAACACAAAAUGGACUCAAUGACAAGAUAUGUAUCUCCAGUCAACCCAGCAAUCUUUCCACACCUGACAUUAAUCCUGCUGGGAAUUGGCAUCUUUUUCACGGCGUGGUUCUUCAUCUACGAAGUAACGAGCAAUAAACACACGCGCAGCCUGCGCAAGGAACUACUAGUCUCAUUGGUGGCCUCAAUAUUUUCUGGAUUUGGUAUUUUAUUCCUGCUAUUGUCAGUUGGUAUAUAUGUUUAAUAAAAAGCACUCAGUAAUUUAA